AGAAACAUUAAUAUUCAACCAUGAAACUCACUUCGCUUUUCAACACAUUGUUUUUGGUUGCUUCUGCUUUGGCCAGUGAUAUUCAUAUCACCAAGAACACAGACACCGUUGGCAACUCGGAAGUCAAUUACGGUGAUGUGACGGUGGACUCCGGUAUCACCUGGAACUUAGUUGACGCUGAAUACGUCCACUUCCACGGUGACUUUGACAAUGAAGGUGACGUUUACGUGACUUCAGAUUCCGCUAGUUGUGCCGUUAACUUUAAAAUCAGUGGUGUCAACACUAAGACCACCAACAGCGGUCAAAUUGUUGUUUCAUCUGGAGAUUCUUUCACUUCUCCAGUUUUCAGAAUUGGAGGCAACACCUUUGAAAACACCGGUAAGAUAUUCUUCGGAGGAUAUGGGAAGACUGGUCUUCCAAUUGGUGAGAUCACUUCAAGCUCUUUCCACAACAACGGUUUGAUUGCUCUCUACCAAGACAAACGAAACUCUGGAUUGGUAAAGUUGGGUGCGUUUUUGGGAUCAUUGACUAAUGAUGGUACCGUAUGCUUGAAGAACCAAGCUUUCUCCCAACAAGGAAGAAUCCUUGGUACGGGUUGUUUCGAUAUUGGAGAAAACGGUAACGUUUGGAUCAAGUCUGCUGCCUUAUCUAUCACCGAGACUCAAAACUUCUACUUUUCAUCUACUGGUGGAUCUAUUAGAGUAGAAGCUGUCUCUGCUCCCCAGACCUUCCACGUGAGCAAUUGGGGUGGGGACAAUGUCAUUGGAUUAUCCUUGCCAAUAUCUGAGUUUGGGUACUCUGAAGAUGGAAUUUUGACCGUAAAGUGUGGUCUUUUACCCUUCUAUUUUGACAUUGGUACUGGAUAUGACUUCAAUAAAAUGAAGCAAGUCACAGCUGACUUCGGAACUGGCAUUGGAACCGUGAUAAAUGGUGGUAUCGUGUACCAAGAUGAUGCUCCAUCUUCUAGUAGACCUUCAAUUUGUGCUACCUGCGAAGAUCUCCCUUCUGCCCCAUCUUUGUAAUACUUUUAUAUGUAGUGAUUUAUAUUUACGUUUAUAGUUUCGAUCUAAACUGAUCCAAAACAAAGGCUGCAAAAAGAGGCA